GUCGAAGCUGACGCGGCCGCGAAGGUCGCGCCAACGGUGGAUCCGGCUCUUGCAGAUGAUUGCGGGCUCGGGCUCUGCUGCACCCUCCCACCCGCUCUUGCUCCGCGCGUCUUGCAAUAAAUCCCAGUUCGACCGCGACCUUCCCCCUCAACACGUCCGGAGUCCUGUCAAUUCUACCCGCCACAGCUCCUUCUCUUACUCUCUGAGCGAGCAUGUGGAUUUGCCAAAGCUAGUAGCUCAUUCUCUCUUUCCUCCCUCCCUUCCCCCGUCCUUCCUCCCUUCCCUCCUCUUUCCCUCUUUUCCGACAACCGAAGCUGCGGGCGCUCGACGCGUGUUGAAUCCACCUUUUGGCCUGCCCGACAUGGCGUCCGAAAGCUCGCCCCAAUCUUCGUCCCAGGCCUCCCCCCAGGCCUCCCCCCAGGCCUCUUCCCUGGCCUCUUCCCAGUCCUCUUCCCAGGCCUCGCCUCCCCCCGCCGCGUCGCCCGCUGGCUCGCUGCAGAGCAGCGCCACAACACCGGGUGCCUCUCAGCAGUCACUGCAGACCAAUUCGGACUCGGUGUCGCCAUCCGCGACGAGGGAGGACCGCCCGAAGAGCCAGCACCCUAAAGGCAAGAGGAACAGGACCUCGCCGGCGGACAAGGCCGUUCUCAUGCAAGCCUACAAGCAAAAUCCACAGCCGAGCCAGGACGAGAUUGCCGAGAUCACAUCACGCGUUUCAAUGAGCAAGCAGGCCGUGAGGAUAUGGUUUCAGAACAGGCGCCAAAAUGACCGCCGCAAGGCGCGUCCCUUGUCGCCCCAGCUCAUAGAAACCAUCACCCAGGGCCGCAUCUCUGUCUCACGCUUCGCCGCCGACCCCGCGGGGAACAACCCCUGCAACCCCGAGAGCUUCCCUGCCGACUCGAAGGGCCUGUCGCCGCCGGAGCUCCGCGCGGGUUCCUCUGGCCUUCCGGACUCUACUGGUUGCCGCUCCGAUGUUGGCCCUGGAGGUGCAUCACAAGCGCGGCCGGAGGGGGGAUCUUUCACUUCUCAGGGCAGAGAACUUGUGACAAGCGCCGACCCUGCUCCUCCCGUUCCCUCUUGGUCCACCUCGGGCACGCCUGGCUAUUUGGCCAACCGGCGGAACGCCGCCAGUGCUCCUUCCUUCGCAUCGAACCCUAGCCAUCAUGAGCCCCUCAAAUCCCAGCCGCUGCCAUCCCCGAGCUCGCAACCGAACCCUUCGUGUACGGGUCCCGAUGCCUCCGCGUGGAAGCCGAGCUCCCAGCCGUCGCAAAUCCGCCUGUCCAUGUCCAUAACAGGCCAGGCUGAGAUCGUCGAGGCAGUAGACUCUCCACCUCGCCCGAUCCCCCCACCAACGCCCGUAGAACCCGUCCCGUGGCCAGACCUUUCAAAGUCAUCAGUCCCCCGUCGCUCUUCCCUUUCGGCCUACAGCAGCCGGAGGGUACCCCGUCUCCUGCGUGGCAGGUCGAGCGACGUCCACGUCUGGGAAGACUGUGCCAGCGCAACCAGCCAGGAGGACCCUCUGAUCGCGCAGGCCAAGCACGAGAGCAGCGGUUCCGCGACGGCAGAGAUCAGCUUGCUCAGGUCACUGAGCUCGGUCAGUGCCAACUCUUUUGACCAGAGCAUCGGCAGCAGGGCGAAGCGCCGCAGCCAUCUUCUGGCCCAUACCGCAGAGAGCCGUCAUGCCGUCCUCAAACGGCCGAGGCUUGAAAGGGCAUGGAGCAGCCAGGCGCGGAUCGAGACAACCUCGGCCCUCAGCCAGCGACACAACAUCCAGAGAGUCCCCAGUUACACCACCAGCAAGCCCAAGCCCAUGAGCGGGCUCGACCACCUGUCGCUGCUGGCGUCCGAAUCCGACAAGGAGAACUUGAGUCCCGACGAGGACGGCAACCCUCGCCCCUUCCGCCGCACUCUUUCCUCUGUCACCAACCCGAGCGGCAGGCGGCGACUCCCCUCGGGCCCGCCGUCGGAUAAGAACGGCGAAAAGAACCCGCGCCGGACCCUAUUGGACCCGCAGCAGCAUCGUCCGAGUGCCUCCCUUUCGCGUAGCGCCACCUCGCCCGUAUCGUCGUCCUCCUGGGCCGCCUACUCCAAGCAGUUCCAGACAGGUGGCAGCAGGCAGCGGCGCUCCCCAGUCAAGCCUGAUGUUCCAUUGAUUUACGAGGACGACAAUGACGACCGCGACGAGGGCGGUGACGCAGAUGAAGUUCAGCGCUUCAUGGCUGCUGCCGCUGCCGAGAUCAGUCCCAGCAAAAAGAAGGAAGUGGACGCCGCGGCGAAUUUAAUUGCCCUCAAAUUCGCGCGCUGAGCGGUGGGGUUCCGCAGAUUUACCAACAAUGUUUGACGUCGCAGCCUGACCAGAUCUCGGUCAGAGAAUAAUAUCAAGUUAAAAAGUUUGAUGCUGAUUGAUUGAGGACUGCGUAUUUGCUUCGCUAUCCCGCAAGCUCACGCAAUUUUUCUAAAAGGAUGGCAGUUGGGAGGUAUGGUGGUUUGUUUACAGUACCGGCGCGGUUUCCGUUUGUGUUGCGUUGCAUUGGCGUUUUAAAAGAUGGACGCCAAACCCA